GGGAUUAUCCAAGACGGCAAAAUCAUCUUCAUGCCCAAUGGGUUCAUCUCACAGUGUCCCAACCUAAAUCGCACUUGCCCGACGUGCAGCGAUUUCUUGAGUCUGGUUCAAGGGAUAAUGGAUUUACAGGAGCUUUUGGCCAAGAUGACUGCAAAACUAAAUUAUGCAGAGACAAGGCUCAGCCAGCUGGAAAACUGCCACUGUGAGAAGACCUGUCCGGUGAGUGGACUGCUCUACCGGGACCAGGACUCCUGGGUUGACGGUGACCACUGCAGGAACUGCACGUGCAAGAGUGGUGCUGUGGAGUGCCGGAGGAUGUCCUGUCCCCCACUCAGCUGUCCCCCAGACUCCCUUCCUGUGCACAUUCCUGGACAGUGUUGCAAGGUCUGCCGACCAAAAUGUAUCUAUGGAGGGAAAGUUCUUGCAGAAGGCCAGCGGAUUUUAACCAGGAGCUGCCAAGAAUGUCGUGGUGGAGUUUUGGUAAAAAUUACAGAAACUUGCCCCCCUUUGAACUGCUCUGAAAAGGACCACAUUCUUCCGGAGAGUCAGUGCUGCAGGGUCUGUAGAGGUCAUAACUUCUGUGCAGAAGCCCCUAAGUGUGGGGAAAACUCCGAGUGCAAGAACUGGAAUACAAAAGCCACGUGCGAGUGCAAGAACGGCUACAUUUCUGUGCAGGGAAACGCUGCAUACUGUGAAGACAUUGAUGAGUGCUCAGCCAAGAUGCACUACUGUCAUGCCAACACGGUGUGUGUCAACCUGCCCGGGUUGUAUCGCUGUGACUGCAUCCCAGGGUACAUUCGUGUGGACGACUUCUCCUGCACAGAACAUGAUGAUUGUAGCAACGGGCAGCACAACUGUGACAAGAACGCGAUCUGCACCAACACCGUCCAGGGACACACUUGCACCUGUCAGCCGGGCUAUGUGGGGAACGGGACCAUCUGCCGAGCUUUCUGUGAAGAGGGUUGCAGACAUGGGGGAACCUGCGUGGCUCCUAACAAAUGUGUCUGCCCGUCUGGAUUCACCGGAAGCCACUGUGAGCAAG